AUGGAUUAAAUGGAUGAUUUUGAUAUAGAGAUUUUAGAUUAACCAGUUAAUCAAUUUAUUGAUGAUGAUUAAAAUGAUGAAGAUUUUCUUGAUGAAACUACUAAAACUUUUGUUAAUGAUAAUAUGCAUAUUAAUGAAGAAAGUAGAAAAAAAAUUAACAUUGAUUUUAAAAUAAAGUUAGAGAAAUUUGUUCCAAAAUUAUUUUCAUAAGACUAAAUUAAAGUAUUUACAAAUAAUUAUAUAAAUUAGAAUAGUGAAAUUAGAGCUAUUAAACAAAUUCUACUUUUGAUAAAAAUAUCUGAUCAACUUAUUUAAGAAUAGAGAAUGAAAGAAAGAUUGGAAUAAAAUCAUUAAAAUUAAAAUAUUGGACCAAAAAGAAGAAUUUAAGAAAGAAAUACAGAAGAGUUACUUAUUGAUAAACUUAAAAAACAUUUGAUAGGAGGUUGUAAAUUAGAUAUUACAUUUCAUGAUUAACAUUAUACUCCUCUUUAUUUAUGUCAUAAUCCAUGUGUAAUUUAUAUGAAAACAUUAUAUCCAUAUCAUACACUUGAUAUUGUGAAUUAAAUGUUGAGAAAUCUAAAUAAUCCAUAAUUAUUUGAAUAGGAUAAAUUUAAUGAAAUAAAGAAUAAAUUUGGUGAUAAUUGCUUAAAAUUGAUUAUACAAUAAAUGCAAUACAAUCAUCUUAUAAUUUAAAUCCCAGAUGGUUCUAUUAAAUUUGAAAUUAAAGCAGGAAAUGAAAAUUAAGAUUUAGAUAUUUAUAAAGAUCAAAUUAUGAAUGUUUAUUGUUAAAUCAAUCCAGAAUUAAAGAAGAUAUGUGCAUUCUUAAAUUAUUGGGCACAUCAAAGAGGUAUUUUGGGAGAUCAUGCACUUCCAGAAUUUGCUUUAUAUUGUAUGAUAAUUGAUUUCUUUAUGACUUAAUCUUUGAUACCUAAUAUAUUCAGUGAUUAAUAUAGUCUAUGGAGUUAAGAAAAAUUAUUAUUGAAAUAGUAAAUUAAAACUAGUGAUGAUUGUAGAUUGUCUAAAUUUAAUAAAGAUGAUUAUAUAAUAUAAGUAACAUAAAAAAAUGGAAGAAGAGUAGAAAAGAUUUUUUGGUUAACAUUUCCUAGAACUAAAGAAGAGAUUAAAGGUGUAAUAUAAUUAUGGACUAAAACUUAAGAAAAAUAAUAUAAAUAAGUUCCACAAUUCAAUCUAGGGUAUUAAAUUAGUGUAUUUUUCCAUCUUUGGAAUCAAGUUGAAAAAUAUAAAGUUCCACUUUCAUUAACAAAUGAUGUUUAAAAGGAAGGUUAAGAAAUUGGAUUAAUAAUUUAUAAUCCAUUUAUAAAAAAUCAAAUUCUAACUCCUUUAUUACAAAAACGUUAAAAGAAUGAAGAAUUUAAGUCAAUGAAUAUGUACUAAUAAGUUAGAUCAGAAUUUAAAAGAGCUUAUGAUUUGAUUUUAUCAGGUAAUUAUGUUGAAUUGUGUGAUAAAUAAUUAUUAUUAUGA